AUGUAUUUCAUAAAAACUUCGUUGAAAAACGCAAGGGAUGCGAUCAAAGCAAAAAACUACGAGGAUGUUAUAAAGCACUGUCGAAAUGUCUUGCAGUUUGAAGCCGACAACUAUAAUGCGUAUGUAUUCCUUGGCGUUGCUCAAUUAAAUUUGAAUGCAUUUACUGAAAGUGAACAAUCGUAUCGACGAGCCAUUGAGAUUAAUUCCGCUCAGCCGCUUGCAUGGCAGGUGGUUGCAGCUUUAAAGUAUCUGCUACCAACAAGUACUUAUUACGAAUUGAUACGAGGUUCAGAUGAACUUCCGUCGCCGAAGCAAAUAUUGUUACAAAUAAUAGACCUGGUUGAGAAGGAAGAGUCCGAAACAAUUCGACGUGAGAUCGAAGCUAGAAGGUAUCGUCUUAAUGCAGGAACUCCAGCUACUAUUAAAGCUCAGGUCGAAAAUGAAGUUUACAGUAAUUCAGAAUUGGAAAGAUUCUAUGAUUCCCUACUUGAAAUUUUGGAUAACAGCUCAGAUACCUCUGAUGUUGAUAAAGCCAAGAUAUUCGUGAACUACGUCUCUCAUCUUCACAAAAAGCUUUCUUUUGUUCCUUCAGAGAAGAAACAGCAGUUGAUAGCGAAGAUUUUCAAACGUGCAGAACUGUUAAUUAAUUGUACUUUAAUGUAUCGUAGGAUCUUGAAUUUUGACGAAUCAUUCCUUCUCUCAGAUAAAUAUGAUAGUGAUUUGCUAAAAAAGUAUUCAGUGAAUUUUCCUGAUACUAGUCUAUCAAAAAUAAUUCGAGGAUAUUUUAGGGCAUUAGAAGGAGAUAUAUUUGAAGCUCGGGAACUUUAUAAUGAAGGGUCUGAAAUGGAACCAAAUAGCAUCUUUGAACAUAUGGCGUUAAGCUGGUUUAAUCAUGAUUCCAAGAACUAUGAAUUGGCUCUGGAGUACGCAAAGAAUGGCAAAGAUUUGAUAAACAAGUACAGCAAGAAAACUGGAAAUAAAUUGGAUAGAGUUUCACUAUCUUUGGAACUAUGUAUGGCUAAUUGUUAUCUAAACAUUGGUGCAAAAUUCCAUAAUGAGGCAAUGUUGCUGUAUAAGAAAAUUCGACAAAAGGAUCAGAACAGCAUUGUGGUUCUUCAAGGAAUGGGCAAAAUAUUGUCUUCACAAGGGAAAUAUAAGGAGUCCAUUGAAAUAUUUGAAGAGGCUAUUAAAUUAGAUAUGCGAGAUUAUAUUUCAAAAAGUGAACUUGGAUGGGAUGAAGAAGCCGGGACACAACUAGGAAAAUAUUUGGAGUCUCAAGGGGAGGAGGACUUGGCGCUUGGAAUAUAUAGUACAGCCACACAAGCGAAUUCCCAGGCUGGAUGGGCUUGGAAGCAAUUGGGCUUUUCCGAAUUUACUAAUGGAAAUUAUUCGGAAGCCGCAAUCAACUUUCAAAAAGCUCUUAGAAUCGAUACUAAGGAUGUUAGAUGUUGGGAAGGUCUUGCAGAAGCAUAUCGACAAUUAGGUCGAUAUACGGCUUCGAUGAAAACCUUCAUGCGAGCCAUCGAGCUGGAUCCUUCAUCAAUCUAUUCUCAUUUUCAGGUUGCCAAUAUUAAGCAAAAAUUGGGCAUUUUAGAUGAAGCCAUUGACCAAUACAAUAUAACUAUUGAGAAGGCUAAAAUGAAAGGUGAUGAAAACCAUCUGCCAUCAAUUAAGGGUAUUGGUGAUUGUUACCUGGAAUUGGCAAAAGAGUACUUCUCUACUGGAUUAUAUGGUCGAGCGGCCGAAUCAUUAAGUGAAGGUCUAUUAAAAAUGCAUCAAAACAUAGAAACAUAUGAUCGGUAUCAAUCUCUUUGGAAACUAAUAGGAGAUCUUUGCAUUACUGCACAUUUUCUGCAAAACUACCUACAUUUGAUUCCCUUAAAUUCUAUAAAAAAAUUCCUUAAAAUCACUAGAAAUAUUGAUCUUGAUACAAAAUUGCAUCUUUCCAAAGAUAUUGAUGAGUUUGGUCUUAAUCUAUGUGAUAGUUCUAAUGGAGAUAGCAUUUCAAAUUCGGAUUUAAUUUUGAUAAUCCUUACCUGUGGAUGUCUUGCUUAUAAAUAUGCGAUUGUUCUUAGUGGAAAUAACCCAGAUGUUGCACCACCAUUGUGGUAUGAUUUGGCAAUUGCGUAUCACAAAAUUUUCGAUUGUUAUUCUAGAAGGGACCAAGCACUGGACGAAUAUGACCACUUGUCAGCAGGCUACAUGAACGUUGCGAUCAGGUGUACCAAAAUUGCUUUGAAAUUUGAACCUAUCAAUUCCGAUUUUUGGAAUGCACUCGGAAUCUUAACUAUUUUACUCGAUGCGAAAAUUAGUCAGCAUUCUUUUAUCAAGGCUAUCAUGUAUUCCCCAAAGAAUCCAAUAUUAUGGGCAAAUUUGGGAAUCUUGUAUUUAUUUCAUUCUGAUUUAGAACUUGCUGAGCAAGCAUUUUCAACAUCACGAUCUCUUGAUCCUGAUUAUGCAUUAGCCUGGGUCGGACAAGCGUAUGUCGCAAACCUUUGGGGGAACGAUGAGGCUACGGAAUUAUUUGAACAUGCAUAUGAAAUCAGUGGCGGCCACGUGCUCGAAGCAGAUUACGGUUUUGCGUCUCGAGCAUUUGCACGGUACAAGAAAUCAUUAAAGUAUCACAAAUCUUCGUUAAUAUCGCCAGCAUUCGCCUUGAAAAAAUUUACGGAGCAAAAUCCGAAUGACCCGACAUCAUUAAACCUACUGGGCCUAUUAUGCGAAUGUCUUGAGCAGUCAGAAAAAUCCGCGGAAUUAUUUAAUUGUGCGAUCACUCUUAUUGAACAAAAAAUUCAACAGUUGCAACAGUUGUUUUUAGCUCAGGAUGAAGAUGAGUCCUCAUUGUCAUCAAAAAUAAUCCCAUUUGUUAAAAGGCUUGCAUAUGUGCUUGGAAAUUUGGGAAGAGUUCUCUGCAGUGCAAGAGAUUUCGAUGGAUCGAUAAAGGCAUAUAAUAAAGCAUUGGAUCUGAUCAAAGAACAAGAUUUCAAAUCUUUGUUAAUGAUAUCCUUUAAAAUUUACACUACCUUGGGAGCAGGGUUGGCAUAUUAUUUUAACAACGAAUUAGAAAAUUCGCUUAAAAUGAUUGAAGAGGCAUUUAGUGAGAUUGAUUAUGCUGAGAAAUAUUUAGAUCAGGGACAAAAUUCUGAGGAUAAUAUUGGAAUUGGUGAUCUGCGUAAGGAUGUCGCGGUUUUAUUAUCACAAGCGCUUUGGGCUCUAGAAGGUGAAGAGCAAACGAACAUGGCGGAAGAUGAAUUGUUUGCAUGUAUCGAACAGAAUCCAAACUAUCUUCCUGCAAUAUUUGGGUUGUGCGCCAUGGGUUUGUUACAAGAUGAUCAUGUUUUAGUCAAUGCGGCCAUAAAAGAAAUGAUCAAGUUACCGUUAAAAACUACCGCUUAUGAAUUGAUUUCCAACCCCCUAUCCUCUGCUUCCAAAAACCUUGGGUUAAAGGAGAUGUUAAAAGUAUUUCAAAAUUACACCGCAGCUUUGAUAAUCACAAGGGAAAAGCUAAAACAUAACCUACCAGAAGAGGCCGAUGAAAUUAUUGAAGACAAUGAAAGUGAUUAUGAAGCGGAUAAAGGCGAAGAUAUUAUUAAAUCAGUUCUUG